CUCCAGCAAAAUCCUAUUCAGCAGUGCACACAUAUAGGGAGUAUUGUCUGAAUCGUGGUUUAUUUCUUUAAUCGUCUUGCAGUUUCAACUUGCUGUUAAACCUUGGAUUGGUAAUUUUCUAAUUUUUUUUUAAAUUUUAUUUUAAACCCUUACUGGAUUUUAAUAGGGUUAGAACUGCAGACCACACAUUUUUGGUGAUGGCUGACCCAAUGAUGAUGCCAAUGAUGCAUAGCGGACAUCCAAAUUAUAGGAUGGGCAUGACUGCCAUGCAGGCACCACCACCUCCUCACCCUUCCAGGUCAAUGCCCCCUAGUCAGAUGAUGCAGUAUGGGCCUACUCAUGCAGAUGUUAAUAUGAGGGCACGAGCGGGCAUGCACCACCAACAUAUGCCAGGCCCCAUGAUGUAUCCUGGACAGUCACAAUCCUAUGGGAGUGCUCAACAGCUUAUGGCGACAAUGCAUCUCCAGAAGCUUAGCACACAAUAUCAAGGACAUCCAAUGAUGAACAACCCUGGACUGGCACAGGGGCACACAGCCUACAGGAUGACUCCUGGUCACCACCACCACCACCAGCACAUGCCUACACUUAAUGUUACGGACGCAGACCUGGUAGAUGAGGAUGUGUUGACAUCUUUAGUGUUGGAGUUGGGGUUGGACCGUAUUGAGGAAUUGCCAGAGCUUUAUUUGGGACACAAUGAGGUAGACUUUAUCUUGGACUUUGUGAGCAAACAACAGACAAACACAGUGACCUGCUAAAUAAUUUAUCCCUAGACAAUCGUCUGAACUCCAGUUGCACUCUCUGAGUUUGCCACAAGCCAAUUGUGCGUCUCUCUUAUGGACCUUGUAUUGUGUGAUGUGGCUUACUGGUGACUUCCUGGCAGCUAAUGGUCUGUCACAACGUGGGCCUCUUUUGCACUUCAGAGUUAGAUUUAGGACAUUUUAAUAGAAAUUACAGAUUAAAAUCUAAAAUUGUUAAUAUACAGAAUAGAUUUAUAUAACCUUCAUUCAUCAAAAAAACAAAACAAACCAAGAAUGACAGUAAUGUAGACAAGUGUAUGAUUUACCAGUGUACACGUUAAAGACAUAAUAUAGUAGUUAACAUAAGGAAGGGCAAUAAUUACGUGAAGGUUUUAGAUUCAAGAGCUGGUACCCCAGAUACCUAAUGCAAGGAAAGAGGUAACAUAAUUCAAUGGAAUAUCAAAGGAGGCUGGUUGUGAGAUUUUGCAGCUAUUUAUAGCAGCUAGUUUUGAUGGAUACAGUUAGUGGUUCUUUCUUGAUUCCAAAUUCAAUUUUUCUUCAUGCCUGGAACUGCAGUCACUUGACAUGAAUGGCAGUUGUCUGGCAGCCAUAUUUUUUAAGGGCAAAACAAAUCUGACUUGAUUCACUAACUAUUAAACUAAUUUGUACUCACACAGAUUGAUUUUAAUUGGUAUAUUCUGGCAAUGUGUUUUUUUUUGUAAGUCUCUGGUUUGCUUAAGUCACAGAUGGGUAUGAGCCACACAUGCACUGUAAUAAUUGUAAAUAAUGAUGGGAAUAUAGAGCAUUACUUUAAUAUAUUUGUUUAUAGGUAUUUGACGCUCUUUUCAUUAUUCUAGGGCUGGCCCCUCUCACCUGUUGUGAAUCCACUUUUGUAAAAUCAGAUGGUCUCUUAAUGAAUAAAACCUAAGGUUUUGGAUGCAAUUUUGUGGGGCAGGGGGGGAAUAAAUAAAUAAAAUAUGCAGAAGGA